AUGGCCACCGUCGAGCACUGUCUCUGCUGCUUCGAAGCCCUCGUCGCCUACCAUGAGCGUCGCAAGCCCAUGAGCCUGUCGGAAAUCGAAAAGUCAUGGGCCGAAUACAUCAACAACACCAUUGAUGACGACGACGACGACAAAGAAGCUACUGCUGUUUCCAGCAGCAAAGCCCCCCAAAUCCCCGCGCUCCGUAGGCUGGUUGAGGCUACACUGCCGUCAUCAUCAUCGUCUUCCUCCUCAACAUCCCUCGCCACAACCAGUAGCAGCAACAGUAGCAGCAACAGCAACACAACCUUCCAAUCCGGCAUCUCCACGCCUGCCACAUCCAUUGCUUCCUCCGCCUCCCCCGCACCGCCUUCAGCACCCGCACCCGUUUACGAAUCCCCCCUCUUCGUAACCUGGAACGUCGUCCAUCAUGACUCCUCAUCGGAUGAUGACGAUGACGAUGACAAUGAUGACAAUGUCUCCCUCCGCGGCUGCAUCGGCACCUUCGAAUCGCAGCCCUUAUCCUCCGGCCUGCCUUCGUACGCCCUGACCUCCGCUCUGCAAGACACGCGCUUCCACCCCAUCAGCCGCGCCGAGCUGCCUUCUUUGCAAGUGGCCGUGACGCUUCUGACCGAUUUCGAGCCGGCCGCCGACGCCAUGGACUGGGAGCUCGGCAAGCACGGCUUGCGCAUCAGCUUUGUGUAUCGCGGCCGCCGGUACGGCGCGACUUACUUGCCGGACGUGGCGCCGGAGCAAGGGUGGACCAAGGAGGAGACGGUGGUGAGCCUGAUGCGCAAGGCCGGGUGGGAGGGAAAUAAGGCGCGGUGGAGGGAGGUGGAGGUUGCGGGUGGUCAGGUAUCAGGGGAAGAAGGAGAAGUUGAAGUACGAGGAGUAUAA